AUGGAGGAGUGGCGGCAGUGUGGCCGCUGGCUUAUAGACUGCAAAGUCCUACCCCCCAACCACAGAGUAGUGUGGCCCUCGGCUGUGGUCUUCGACCUGGCUCAGGCGCUGAGGGAUGGGGUGCUCUUGUGUCAGCUGCUACACAACCUUUCACCUGGAUCUAUAGACCUCAAAGAUAUCAACUUCAGGCCACAGAUGUCCCAGUUUCUGUGUCUGAAGAACAUUCGAACCUUCUUGAAAGUCUGCCAUGAUAAAUUUGGGUUACGGAACAGUGAGCUGUUCGAUCCGUUUGACCUGUUUGAUGUCCGAGAUUUUGGGAAGGUCAUCUCUGCGGUGUCUAGACUCUCUCUGCACAGUAUUGCACAGAACAAAGGAAUUAGGCCCUUCCCUUCAGAAGAGACCACAGAGAACGAUGAUGAUGUGUAUCGGAGCUUGGAGGAAUUGGCUGAUGAACAUGAUCUGGGGGAGGAUAUCUAUGACUGCGUCCCGUGUGAAGAUGAAGGUGAUGAUAUCUACGAGGACAUUAUUAAAGUGGAAGUCCAACAGCCUAUGAUUAGAUAUAUGCAGAAAAUGGGAAUGACAGAAGAUGACAAAAGAAAUUGCUGCUUGCUAGAAAUUCAAGAAACAGAAGCCAAAUACUACAGGACACUUGAAGACAUUGAAAAGAACUAUAUGAAUCCUCUAAAGCUGGUGCUGAGCCCUCUGGACAUGACAGCUAUCUUUAUCAACCUGGAGGACUUAAUUAAAGUGCACAACAGCUUCCUAAGGGCCAUUGAUGUAUCGAUGAUGGCUGGCGGGAGCAGCCUGGCUAAAGUCUUUCUAGAAUUCAAAGAAAGGCUACUGAUCUAUGGUGAAUACUGCAGCCACAUGGAAUAUGCCCAGAACACUCUGAAUCAUCUAAUUGCCAACAGGGAAGAUUUUAGGCAAAAAGUGGAGGAAUGCACCUUGAAGGUCCAAGACGGCAAAUUUAAAUUACAAGAUCUGCUAGUGGUACCAAUGCAACGGGUUUUGAAAUAUCACCUCCUCCUGAAGGAACUCCUCAGCCACUCUGCGGAUCGUCCAGAGAGACAGCAGCUCAAGGAAGCACUGGAGGCCAUGCAGGACUUGGCAAUGUAUAUAAAUGAAGUCAAACGGGACAAAGAAACCUUAAAGAAAAUCAGUGAAUUUCAGAGUUCUAUAGAAAACUUGCAAGUUAAACUGGAAGAAUUUGGGAGGCCAAAGAUUGAUGGGGAAUUAAAAGUCCGAUCCAUUGUAAAUCAUACCAAACAAGAUAGGUAUUUAUUUUUGUUUGAUAAAGUGGUGAUUGUCUGUAAGAGGAAAGGCUACAAUUACGAGCUGAAGGAGAUCAUCGAGUUACUCUUUCAUAAGAUGACAGAUGACCCAAUGAACAAUAAGGACAUCAAGAAGUCACAUGGGAAAAUGUGGUCUUAUGGGUUCUACUUAAUUCACCUUCAAGGAAAACAAGGCUUCCAGUUUUUCUGCAAGACUGAAGACAUGAAAAGAAAAUGGAUGGAGCAGUUUGAAAUGGCAAUGUCAAACAUUAAACCAGAGAAAGCCAAUGCAAAUCAUCACAAUUUCCAGAUGUAUACAUUCGACAAGACAACCAACUGCAAAGCAUGCAAAAUGUUCUUAAGGGGGACUUUCUAUCAAGGCUAUCUUUGCACUAAAUGUGGGGUUGGGGCACAUAAGGAAUGCUUAGAAGUGAUUCCACCCUGCAAAAUAAGUAAGCCAGAUUUGAACCUAGAGCCUUCUGUUUCUGGGCCAGGUCCUAAGAUGGUAGCAGUGCAGAAUUACCAUGGUGUUCCAGCUCCUUCUGGCAAGCCAGUGUUGACAUUCCAAACAGGCGAUGUGAUUGAACUGCUGAGAGGUGACCCGGAGUCUCAGUGGUGGGAAGGACGGUUAAUGCAGACCAAGAAGUCAGGUUAUUUUCCUAGUUCAUCAGUGAAGCCCUGCCCUGUGGAUGGACGGCCGCCAAGCAGUAGGCCCCUAUCCAGAGAAAUAGACUAUACUGCAUACCCCUGGUUUGCAGGCAAUAUGGAGCGACAACAGACUGACAACUUGUUGAAAUCUCACGCUAGUGGGACAUACUUGAUCCGAGAAAGACCCGCAGAGGCUGAGCGGUUUGCGAUAAGUAUAAAAUUUAAUGAUGAAGUGAAACACAUCAAGGUGGUGGAGAAAGACAACUGGAUUCAUAUCACGGAAGCAAAGAAGUUUGAAAGUCUGUUGGAAUUGGUAGAAUACUAUCAAUGCCACUCACUCAAGGAGAGUUUUAAACAACUGGACACCACACUGAAGUACCCUUACAAAUCUCGAGAGCGCUCAGCCUCAAGAGCUUCCACCCGGUCGCCAGCUUCCUGUGCUUCCUACAACUUUUCUUUUCUCAGUCCUCAGGGCCUCGGCUUUGCCACUCAGAGCUCCUCCACACCCUUCUGGUCAGUGUUUACUCCCCGUGUCAUCGGCACAGCCGUGGCCAGGUACAACUUUGCAGCCAGGGAUAUGCGGGAGCUGUCACUGCGAGAGGGCGAUGUGGUGAAGAUCUAUAGCAGGAUUGGUGGUGACCAAGGCUGGUGGAAGGGAGAGACCAAUGGAAGGAUUGGCUGGUUUCCAUCAACUUAUGUGGAAGAGGAGGGUGUGCAGUGACAGGAGGACAUCAGGCAAAGCCCAGGAUUCUCUCAGAAGAGUCUCUCAAGAGCGGGUGUAAACCUCUAGUUCCAGAAUUCAGAGGGGCAUGU